CACUGAUCAUCUUACAGACACUCAGUACAAAUAAAAGGACUCCAGUGACUUAAGUUCCUGAUACAUUUGAUUUCAUUCAGUAAGCCAAGUCAUAAUUCAGCAAAGGAACACCGAAAGAGGAAGAGUGAAAAAUGGCCUGUGAGAGACUGAGUGUUUAUUGCUGCUAUAAUAAAUCAGCACACUGAUGGAGACUACAACUGUAUUCGACAAUGAAGAUGAUGCAUAUGAAAAUUUAUUUUAUGAAUAUGAAGAGUACAACACAGAAUUCAAGGCAUCAGAUCCAUACAUUGCGAUUCCCAUAAUUCUCAGCAUUGUGAUCCUCCUCAGUCUCAUUGGUCAUGUCCUGGUUGUUGCAAUCAGUGUCUUCUAUCUGAGGCUUCAAUCACCGAUCAUCUUCUUCAUACGCAACUUGGCUGUGUCAGACCUGCUGUUCACUGUCUAUUUGGUGUUCUGGGUCUAUGACCAUAUCUGGGGUUUUACUCUCAGAAUAGCAGCAUGGAAAGCAGCUCACUUUAUUUUCGCAGUUGGAUUUUACAGUACCCUGGUCUUUCUGGUGUUGAUGAGUGUUCAGCGAUACACGUCUGUAGUGCACUCUCAGUCAAGCUGGAAAAAAGGAUGUUGCGUCACACUCUGUGCAUGGGCGGUGAGCAUCUUGGUAGCAUUGCCAGCCCUGCUGAAUAUAGUUCCUGAUGCACAGUACUAUACAUACAGCAUCUUUGCUGCAGUGAUUGUUGCUCUAGUAUAUAAACAUAUUAUUAUUGUUGUGUGGGCAUUUUUGAUCAUGGGUUUUUGCUACAUCAGGAUUCUACAAACCAUCUUCAAGUCACCAACAAAUCAGAGACACAGAAUUACUGGACUUGCCUUCUUUCUGGUAGCUACUUACUUUAUUUUUUGGGCUCCUUUUAACAUAAUGCUUUUUCUAGACAUCUUACGUUAUCAUCAGAUGAUUACCUACAACAUGGAACAUUUCUCUUACGCUUGGGAAAUUUGUCGAUUUCUGGCUUACACCCGAUGCUGCCUCAAUCCAGUAAUUUAUGGUUUAUUUGGCAUAAAAUAUCGUAAGGAAAUGAGAGAGAUAUUUGAAAGGGAAGUGAUUCCAAACUCUGCAGAAAUGGGAACGACAGAACAUCAUCAGUUGCAGCAGUUUAAUUAAUCAAAUCCCGGAGGUGGGUGUAAGUCAUGAUGUUUUGUGAAUUGAAUCUUCUCACUCUGGAGACUUGGUUUCAGAUCUUUAGAAUGUCAAAGAAUAUUUUCACUUUUCUUUCCACACACAAUAUUAUAUAUCACUCACACACACACACCUCAUAGUUGGUUGAAUUUUAUUCCAAAGUUUAACGCUUACA